AUGCACCCAUCAGCCCCCGGCGGCGGCGGCGCGGCGGCGGCGGCGGCGGCGGCGGCGGCGGCGGCGGCGGCGGCGGCGGCGGCGGGACGCCGGGGCACUGAUCCCCCCGAGGCCGAUUGGCAGCCCGUUGCCGCUCGGGGCAUGCGCGCGACACUGGAGCCCCCAUACCUUGCGGCCACGGCGGCCGCGUCUAGCCCCACCCCGGGGAGACCCCUGACCCCGGGGCCAUCGGUGGCCCAGGACGAUGCCACGCCCGACCCAUCGCCGCCACACACACCGACCGUGGUGGCCGGCCCGGCGGCGCCCGGAGAGCCUGUCGGAUCGGGCCCACCGGCCGGCCUGGGCCCGGCCAUGCCCGGCAGCGGCCCCCCUCCGGCGGGCCUGCCGCACUCGCGGUCGGCGCCGGACGGCCUGUCGGGCCUGUCGUCGGCCGGGCCCGGGGCCGUGACCUGCGCGCCGCCAUGCCGCGACCGCGGCCGGCCCAUGGCCACGCCCUCCGAGGGGGGGGUGCGCCCGCGCGCGGCCCCCUGCCCAUUGAAUGCCGCACCGGCGGCCACGUCGACCUCCUGCUCGUCGGCCCCCUGCUCGUCGGCCCCCUCAUGCCACUCGUCGGCGGCCGUCUCGCCGGCGGCCUUCUUCGUCAGCCCCACCCCGGCGACGUAUGACGCCUCCAGCGACUCGCUGGCCCUUUCGCCGGGGGUGGUCUUCCCGACGGCCGUCGGGACCAUGAGCGACAGCGGCGUCGCCGUGGCCGGACCGAGGCCCGGCGCCGCCGUUGCCGGGCGCGACUCCGGCGCCGAGUCCGAUGGCGGAGGCCCCGGCGGCCGGAGCGACGGCGAGUCACGCUCCACCUCGGCCUCGCUGUCGCACCAUCUGCGCGAUUGGCUGGUGCCGCGGCGGCCGUCGCAGAUCGGCACCUCGGCCUCGGCCUCCUCGUCCAGCUGCUCGUCGGCCAGCCACUCGCCGGAGGCCGCGCGCGGGGGGGCCCCCGGCGGCGGCGGCGGCGGCGGCGGCGGCGGCCCAGCCGAGGCAGGCCCGGCCGACAGCUCGUCCAGCUCCUCGCUGGCCGCCAGUCUGGGGUUCACCUUCCGCCGGCGGACCUCCUCGGCGGUGCAGGCCCGCUCGACCGCCGGGGCCGAUGCCCCCGGCGGGCCGGCCACCCCCGGGGGCGGGCCAUCUCCCGGCGGGGGCCCCGCCUCGCGGCCCGUCUCCACCAGCCAGCUGCCGGAUGUGCCGCUGGGCGGGUCGGCCACCGACCGGGGCCCGCGCGAUCCGACCGACACCUUCGGCUGUCCGGGCUCGCCGGCGCGCGCCGAGCAGCUGCCCUCCCACUGGACCACGCCCUCCGGGGCCGAGGUGUCCACCCCGAGGCCGCCGUCCAUGGCCAUCAUCGGCGGCCGGGCCAGCUUCCGCGCCCGGCCGACCACCCUCGGCACGGCGGAUCUCUCGCCGGAGCUGAUGCUCGCCCCGGCCGGGGCCGGCACCGGCACCGGCACCGGCAGCUCCUCCGAUCGGGACUCCUCGCCCAUCGACAAUACGGCGGCCACGCGCUCCGUGCGCCACCUGCGCACCGAGGCCGCUCUGGCUAGCUCCCUGUCGUCCUUCCGCCUGCAGGACCCGGCUCCGGCCGGGGGCCCGGCCGCCGCCCCGGCCGUCGAUCUCCCGCCCGGCCUGCGCUCAGACGCCCCGCCCAAGCCGGCGGCCAUCCAGACGCGCCUCCCCUCGCCGCGGGAGGAGGACGAGCACCAGGCCCAGGACCCGGGCUCGGCAAUGGCGCCGCCGCGCUCGCGGCCCCCCCUUCCGGCCGGCCGGCCGGCCGUUGCCACCAGCACGCCCCCCUACCACCCGCCGGACUUGCCGAUGCCCACGACGCCGGCUCCGCCACAUGGAGCCGAUCCCGCCGGCGCGGUGCCCCCCUCCCCGCGCAAGCGUGUCCCCAGUGAGUUCCGCAUGGGGCACACCCUCGGUGAGGGGUCCUACUCGUCGGUUGUCCAUGCCGUGGAAGUCGGCACCGGGCGUGAGUUCGCCAUCAAGGUCGUCAGCAAGGCCCACGUCAUUCGCCACAAGAAGGUCAAGUAUGUCAAUGUGGAGAAGGACGUCCUGCAUCAGCUCGGCCGAGACUGCUUCAUCCAUACCAUUCGUCUUCACUACACCUUCCAGGACACGUAUAACUUGUACUUUGUCCUUGAUCUGAUGCCCAACGGGGAGCUCCUCGACUGGCUGAAGAAGGUUGGCUCUUUCGACCUCGAGUGCACAGUUUUCUACUCGGCCGAAAUUCUGGCAGCCAUCGCCUAUAUCCACAACUUGGGGAUCAUCCACCGCGACCUCAAACCCGAGAACAUCCUGCUCGACGCCAAUAUGCACAUCAAGCUGGCGGACUUCGGCACGGCCAAGCUCUUCACACGGGAUGAGCUGGCCCAGCUACCCCCGCCCGCCGGGUCCAGCACCUCGGCCAGCGGAUCCUCCUCCAGUUUGGAGGCCAGCCGGCCGGGGUCCGCCGCCGGGGCUAUCCCCUGUGCCGGGCACAUGGCCGGGUGCUCGCCCGCCUGCAGCCUCAGCAAGGAGCGGUGUGACCUGCUGUGCGAGCGCGACUCGCGCCUCCUCCGGGCGCACUCCUUUGUCGGCACGGCGGAGUACGUGUCCCCGGAGCUGCUGCAGCAGAAGUACACCACCACCGCCUCGGAUCUCUGGUCCUUCGGGUGCAUCAUCUACCAGCUGCUGUCCGGCCGGCCGCCCUUCCGCGGGGCCAACGACUACCUGACUUUCCAGCGCAUCAUCAACAUGGAGUACUCCUUCCCGGACCUCUUCCCGGACACGGCGCGCGACCUGGUCGAGCGUCUCCUGGUGCCGGACUACCUCCAGCGCCUGGGCAGCGGCGAGGCCAAUUACAAAUCCAUCCGCGCGCACCCCCUCUACAAGGGCAUCGACUGGGAGGGGCUCCACCUCCAGGUCCCGCCCAAGAUCGCGCCCUAUCUGCCAGCCACAUCUGACGAGCCGGAGUGGCGGUCCGAGUUCGAUGACAGCAUCAGCGUGAUGAGCUACGAGCGCGACAAGGCCAGCGAGCACGCCUCCGAGAACAAGCACCCGGACAGCGACUUCGACGACUACUACGACGACGACGUGGUCACCAGCGACACCGAGAGCAUAGACCCGCGACAUGUGGCUCGGUCACACCCGGCCACGCCUAUGCCGCCGGUGUCCGGGCCCUUCGCCCCGCAGACCGACGGCACAAAGCCCGAGCCCUCUACCAAGUGGAAUGCCUUCCUGUCCAGCGGCGAGUCCAUGGUAUACUGCGGGACAAUCAACAAGCGCCGGGGGCUAUUCGCCAAGACGCGCCAGCUCCUGCUGACCGACCGGCCGCGGCUGCUGUACAUCUGCCCGGAAAAGUUGCUCGUCCGCGGGGAGAUCCCCCUGUCGACCCAACUGAAGCCCGAACAGAAGAGCAACCGGACCUUCUUCCUGCACACUCCAACCCGGACAUACUACCUGGAGUCCCUGGCCAACGACGCCGAGGAGUGGUGCAUCAUGAUCAACACCAUGCUAGACAAGUACGAGGAGGAGCUGGACCUCCACGCCUCGCGGGACUCCCUGGCGGCGGCCCGUGGGACGUGACCGGAUCUCCCCUCCCCUAUCCUCCCUCUCCUUCCGGAUGCAUGUGUGUCCCUCCCCCUCCCCCCCCCCUCCCUGUACAGCCAUGUAAACGUACACAUACACACAACACAUACAACUACAUACAUACAUGUUCCCCCUCC